AAAUGCCUGAUGGAAACAGACUGCUGCAACUAUUUCAACCUGUUCUGUGCUGUUUUGCUUGUUGAUUCUGUUUUUUUUUUUUUUUAAACAGUUUUUGGAGUCCAUCCUGCUGAACCUUGACUCCAGGAGAAGCCUUCAAAUCUCUCUUUUUUAAGAUCUGAGAUGCCUCUUAAAAGGAGUGAGACAAAUGCCUCUGAUUACCAGCAGGCCAGCCGUUGUAAUUGGACACACCGUGACUCCUGUUAUCUGAUUAUGCUGCUGACCGUUUGUCAGCAACACACACAGACAUAGUUCGAUGAAUAAAAGGCAGACAAUCACCAAACAGGAUGGAUAAUCACCGAAAGAGGAAUCUAACUUUUCUCACCAUUGGGCUGAUAUUUAUGCUGAGCGGCAUUGAGUACGCUGUCAUUCUGCCAACAAUAUGGAGGUAUCUACAGAUCCUGGAGGCCCCUCCAUAUUUCCUCGGUCUGGGUCUGUCUGCCUUCAGUCUGAGUGGGCUCCUGACAGGCCCCCUUUUUGGGCUCUGGUCAGACCGGAGCAAAACUACAAAGUCCAUCAUCCUUUUCUCCAAUCUUUUUGAGAUUGCUGGUAACUUCAUGUAUUUUAUAGGAUAUUCAAAGUGGCUGUUGUUAUGUAGUCGUCUUGUAGCAGGGAUCGGUGCAGGAGCGGGCUCCUCCAUCUUUGGUUUCCUAACUCGGAGCACUCGGCCAGAGGAGCGUGCUGGUAUCUUUGCAGCCAUCAUGGCCUGUCGACAAGCUGGCCUCCUUGUCGGGCCGGCGUUCAACCUGUUCCUGCGGCUGUGUGAUUUCGAACUGGGGCCCUUUGUUGUGAACAAAUACACAUCUCCUGGGAUCUUUAUGUGCCUUUUGUGGGUGCUGCUCCAGUUUGUCGUCCUGGUAAUGUACUGGGAUGUACCACCCAACAGUUCGGAGGGGGUUGCAGUGAUGGUGGAGAUGAAACAAGAGGAUGGUUAUGAGGAGGAGGAGGAGGCCCCGCUGAUGGGGUCUGACGAGGAGCCAGUGCAGACUUAUAGAGCUGUCAACGCUGACGAAUUAGAGACCUCCGCCUCGUCCAGGAUGCAGGGUUUGAACCCCUUUGAGAACUUCAGUGUUAGCAGAGAGUUCCUGAGAGAGGAGGUGGUUGUUCUGCUCACAGCUCAGUUCAUCACUCUCUUCAAUCAGACAGCGCUGGAGACGAUGGUGACUCCUCUGACGCAGCGCUACUUCGGCUUCGACGAGCUGGGCAACAGCCUGAUGUACAGCCUGUGCGGGGUGGAGGUCAUCAUGGGCUUCUUCUUCGUACGCUGGCUGAGCAAGAAGGUGGCGGACCGCGUUGUGCUGGCCGUGGGCCUGGUCAUCUGCUGUACCGCCUGUAUCUGGUGCCUUGUCUUCCUCUGCAACCCACGAGGUGGUUAUGGAUGGGAGCUGUCUGCCUUCAUCAUCGGGGUGUUUCUGCAGCUGCUGGGUCUUCCCUUCGUGGCCGUGUCUCAGGUGUCUCUCUUCUCCAAAGUGACUGCAGAGAAAACACAGGGAUUCAGCCAAGGUGUCAGACGCUCUGUGGGGGGCCUUGCCACCAUCUUGGGUCCUUUGUGGGCAGGAGGAUUGACCAAUAAUUUGUACAUAAUGUUAGGCAUGAUGCUAGCUCUCCUCCUAAUGAUCUCAGUUAUGACAGCUCUUUCCUACGAGCGCCUCACUGAGCCCAGGGCCGUGCAGAGCGCCCAGAGCUGUGACAGCGGAGGGUAGGGCUGCAGUCAGUCUGACGAUCCGGUGAGGCUAAAGACCAACAGAAGGGACUGGCCUGCACUUCCAACAGAAUCCAUAAAAGUGUACUGCAGAGGAAACUGUAUGAAAGUUGAAUUAAAAAAAUAUCAAACACAUACUGUAACUCAGAGCCUUCCAGAGAGGUGAGCACACUUCACAGGUAAAACCACUGUAUGUUGUCAGACUUGAUUAGAAUCCAAAUCACCAUCACACUGUUAAUUACAUCUCACACAAGGGGGCACCAUUGCUCUCACAUUGAAUAUUCAGAGGCGUAAUUGAAGAUGAAAGCCAUUAUUUUUAAACAGAACUAUUUAUAUUCCCAGGUGUUGAUGAAGAGAUGAAAGAGCAGGUUUUUCUAUGUGACCCGCGUAUCAAAUUUUCAUUUCUUGUCCUGAUUCUUUCUUCUUCUUCUCUACUUGCAAAAAAAAAAAAAAAAAACUAAAACUGUCGCUGACAAUGAAACAGUUGACACAAUGGGUGCAGAAGUAGAGUUGUCAACAUCUUAGCAGCUGCGUGUCUGCGUGGCUGAUAGAAGACGCGGGUCAAAAAGAGGCGAAGCUUUACAGAUUUUCAUGAUAUUUAUUUGUAGUGUUGGAGUGAAGCUGUGUUCUUUUAGUGCUAAAUUUAAACACCAAGCCUUGGAGACACAUAGAUAUGAUCUGAAACUAUUCCUCUAUAUCUUAUGCGAAAAUGAGAAGCUCCCGAAUUAAAACCAACAUUUAAAAAUACUUGUUAAUGAGCUGUCUCUAUCUUUUUACUAUAGGGGGGGAUUUAAAAUGUUAAUUGGCUGUAUUCAUAUUUUAAAACAUGACAAGGUGUGAGUGUGUGUAGUCAGCUGUUCUUGCCUCUAUUCUCCUCUAGGAUGUGCUGUAUGCUACACAUCCACAUGCUUAAAGCAACAUGAAGGCAUUGUACAUUCUCUUUGUACCAAUGAACAUGGGUUUGGCCAAUUCCUUUUUUUUUGUUGCAUAAUUGCAGAUAAGGCUCAGCAACCUUUCCAGUUCUCUCUACACUCAGCAGGUGAUGUUUGGCUUUCCACAGGCUUUUUCCGCCCAAAAUGAAAAUUCUAAUCUGGGGGACUUGAGGACAUAAUAUAUAUAUAAGUACUUUCAUGCCUUGAUCAGCAUAUUCAGGUACUUGACAUUUUAAGAGAGAUAACAAGGUGCAGAGAUUGAGGUCAAGCCUGAUUUUUUUGGGAACAGGAGUACGUCUUUUAGCUUCAUUCCUGCUGUCGUGUGUUUUUAAAGAGACUGAUAAAACAACUUCAAUACCCAAACCAUUUUUUAAAACCUCAGAAAACUUUAAUUUGAAUAAUAUUAAUAUUAAAAGUACAUGUUUAAAUAAUCAUCAAUCAGGCAACACUUUAACAUUCAAGAUGUUACUAUUCAGGCUGACGGGAUAUUAUUUAUUAAGAGAGGUUCAUGUAACUUUUUCAAAGGAGAAAUAAAUCAAAAAUUAACACAAUCCUUGAAAUGAAAAGUUACAAUUAUAAAUAAAAGAAUACCUAGCUGCUAUUUAGCCUCACGUCUCCGCUCAUAUAGUCAUGUGUGGUCUGGUAUGAUUGGGUGUGUAUGGCUGACAGUGACUUUUUAAACUUUGGAUUCAUAUUGCUUCACAGUAAAUAUCACUGCGAAAAGUUAACAGACUGUAUUCACCUGGCGAUAAAGUAUAUAUUCUAUCCUUUUAUUUGUCCCACAAACAGGGGAAAGUAAUUGACCCUUUAGUUAGUUCUUACUUAUAUUUAAAAGUUACUAUGUUAUUUUCAUCUCUUUGAAUAAGGCAGUUUGAAAAAUGCUGCUUCAUGAUGCUCUCAGUCUCUCUGGUGCAGCUGAAACAUCUGUUGUUUCAUUAGUUUUCAUGUAUGGUGGCUGCAGAGAACAACAGGCUACUUCAUCAUCUUUUAUUUUUUAGUCUUCGUAGUCAUUGUGAACUAGUGAUGAAAUCAUGCUUUGAACAGUGAAAAUGAUCGUAAGCUGCAGAGUAUUUUAUUGACUAGAUAAUGUUUAAGAGCCUUUUGGCAAACUUGCUGUUUUUCAACAGUUUUUCAGCAAUCUAUUAAAUGUUUGAAGAAAUCAUGGAGUGUAAAUAUUAUGGGACUACUGUAAGAGUGACGUCAUCCAUCUGUCACUGCAGGGGGCUUUGGAGUCCCAUCGGUGGCUGUCGCAAUGCUGGAAAUGCUGUCUCACCCUCACUUUCAGUCAACCUACAACAGGCAAAGAGCUGGAAGACAGAUUUUACCUAGAGACAGGUUUUAAGCCUCUUGACAAACCAUUACAUUGCACCGCCUGUCACUCAGGUCAUUCCUUAUUUUGAGUAACGCUCAUCCUUCAUAAAAGCAUAACUGAUGAGUUAUAAAUAAUCCACCCCCUGUACAGUGUGUGCCGAUAGAGGCAUGGGCUAAAAAAGACCUAUUUAAUUUUUUUAACCAGGCUGUAAACAUCUUAAAUUCUGCUGUAAAAACUGGCUUUUUUUAAAUGUGGUGUGCAUAUGACUUCCGGUGCUUCUGCAGCCAGCCUUAAGCGGACACUCGACGAACUGCAGGAUUUAACACUUCUGUUUUGGCUUCAUUUUCAACAUCGGAGGUUACCGCUUGGAAGAAAUGUAGUAGAGCGAGGCUACAGAUGCUCAUGGGCAAUGCAUCCUGGAACUGCU